CUGUUUUUUAUUCCAAUCGAGAGAAAGUCCAGCGAUCUUCAUCUUGACAGUCAUAAUGAAGAGUGCAUUGACAUUCGAAACAACGGCACACUGCUCGACAACCAAGGCUCGAGUGUCCGUUUUGACUUUGCCACAUGGACCAGUAGAUACACCUGUCUUUAUGCCCGUGGGCACUCAGGGCACACUCAAAGGCUUUACACCCAAGCAGAUCAAAGAAUCAAACUGUCAAAUUAUGCUUAAUAACACCUAUCAUUUGGGUCUGAAGCCUGGUCAGGAAACGCUCGACCUUGUGAAUGGUUCCCACAACUUUCAAAAUUGGGGCGGCAAUUUGUUGACGGAUAGUGGUGGAUUCCAAAUGGUGUCCUUGUUGAAAUUGGCCAAGAUUACGGAAGAAGGCGUUCAGUUUGCUUCGCCACACGACGGUUCUCUAAUGAUGCUUACACCUGAGCAUUCGAUGUCACUUCAGAACUCUAUUGGCGCCGAUAUCAUGAUGCAAUUGGAUGAUGUGAUUUCUUCGCUGACAACCGGUCCCCGCGUUGAAGAAGCCAUGUGGCGCUCCAUUCGUUGGCUUGAUCGUUGUAUCAAGGCACACAAGAAACCCGAUACCCAGAAUUUGUUUGCAAUUAUCCAAGGUGGUUUGGAUGAAGAAUUGCGUAAAAAAUGUGUGGAGGAAAUGGUGAAACGCGAUACGCCCGGUUAUGCUGUUGGUGGAUUGAGCGGUGGAGAAGAAAAGGAUGUAUUCUGGAAAAUUGUUUCUUUAUGUACUGACUUGCUGCCUAAAAAUAAGCCGAUCUACUGUAUGGGUGUAGGCUAUGCAGAGGAUCUGGUUGUUUGUGUUGCACUUGGAGUAGACAUGUUUGAUUGCGUAUUCCCUACACGCACAGCUCGUUUCGGUAAUGCUUUGACUAUGAAAGGUGUGGUGACACUCAAAUCCGGUAAAAAUGCCUCCGAUUUCCGACCGAUCGAAGAAGGUUGUGAUUGCUCAACAUGCCAAAACUACACGCGGUCGUAUAUUCACUUAUUGACCACAAGGGAUACGGUGGGCUGUCAUUUGGUAUCCAUCCACAACGUUGCUUUCCAACUCCGUCUCAUGAGAGAAAUGCGCGAAGCCAUUACCAAGGAUGCAUUCCCAGCCUGGAUAAAACAGUUCUUUGCUGGUUAUUUCGGCGACAAGGCGCGAUACCCUGUCUGGGCCGUAAACGCCUUGAAAAGUGUCAAUGUGGAUUUGAUGGAGUAAAUCCUCUUCAUUGAUACUCUUAUUUUUAUUUUAUUUUUGUUUUUUGGGUCAGUCUGAACGAUAAUCGGAAAAGGAAACCGUCAACGUGGUAAUCCGCAAAUGUCCCCGACCCUGUUCAGUCUCCUUAUUUAAACCUUCAUACUCAUUGAGUCGCUU